AUGGAAGCCCGCAAAGGAGUGGAUGCCUGCAAAGAAGCAGAUGCCCCUGAAAGCAAAAGGGAAGACUCACCCAAGGACACUCAAGAAGCAACUCACACAGCGCUUGGAGGCUCAGCUUCUCCUGAUGCAGCACAAAGUGAGCCGUGUGCCCUCAAAUCUCCCAAAACGCCCACUGGAAGGGAUACGGGCUUGGGUUUAGAGUUCAACCAAAAGGACAGGAGUGAGGACAAGGAAUUGGCCGGGUUGGAACCCCAAUAUAUAGUAUUGAACAAAUCACCUAGUAACAACAGGGCAAUGGAACAGUCCCACGUAAGACAGGAAACCGGUGAAACUCAACAAGUAAGCUGGUUUGACAAAAUGAGAAAGGCAGACGUUGCACUGGAAACGGGAAGGGACUUACCUGAGCUCGAUAUUGAGUGGUACCGGGACCACUGGUCAAGGUCAGACUACCUUUUGGUAUCAGAGACAGAACAAACUAGCAAGUAUAGAAACGCCUCCAAAGGGGAAAACGUAAGAGUCAGCGCAAUAAUCUGUGAGGUGAAUGACAACUACGUACUGGACAAUGAGGAAUACAAAGCAACCGUACUCAAGCUACAAGCCCUGGAACGUGCACAAAUGUUUGCGGAAUCACAAGUCCCAAGCCAGACAUCAGGAGCAGGACCGUCCGGAUCCCAACAAUCCCCAAGAGUGACCGUAGAGGAAAUAGUUGACAAAGACGCACCUAGAUAUGUUGUAAUAUUGUCAGACAAGGAGGAAAGUGAUGUACUAGAUGUCUUGGUUAAUCAGAGAAACUAG